AAUGUUGCAUGGAUGACAGUGAUUAUUGCAUAUGGCCCUCCAGACGUAUCAGACCUAAGGCAAUCAUCUUCUGUUUUUCCAGCCACCACGAGUGAGUGGGGGCCACACGUCCUCGCCCCCCUUUACAAUGACGGAGCGCGUGGAUUGCGUCGUCGUCGGCGCAGGAUGGUACGGAUUGGCAGCUGCCAAGCAGUACCGAUACGUGAGACCUGAUGAUGCCCUCGUGGUUUUGGAGUCGCAGUCUUCGCUUGGCGGAACAUGGGCCGACGAGCGCCUGUACCCCGACCUAAAGAGCAAUAACCUACUGGGCACCUAUGAGUAUCCCGACUUUCCCAUGGACAGCGAGAGAUUCGGGAUCAAGCCUGGACAGUAUAUCCCUGGCAACGUCAUCAAUACGUAUCUGAAAGCAUACGCCAGCCACUUCGGUAUCAAUGAUGUGAUCCGCCUGAACACCAAGGUCCUGGUGGCAGAGCACCACGAUGACAAUGACGGAGGAUGGACUCUGAGCGUGACUGGCGGCCACAGCGAAUCCCAAAUAUUUACUCGUCGUCUCAUCAUUGCCACUGGUCUGACUUCCGAACCUUUUCUCCCGAAAUUCGAAGGCCAAGAUAGCUUUGGCGGCCCGGUAUUCCACGGAAAGCACUUCCUGCAGAACAGAGAUACACUGAAGACUGCGACAGAGGUCACAAUCUACGGCGCAUCAAAGUUUUCGUGGGACGCAGUCUACUCAUACGCUCGAGUUGGGGUAAAGGUCAACUGGGUCAUUCGAUCAUCCGGCCAUGGCCCUUGUUGGAUUGCCCCGUCGUACGUCACUCCUUUGAAGAAAUGGAUCGAAAAACUGGCCAAUACGAGGGCUUUGACUUGGUUUAGUCCUUGUGUGUGGGGUGAUGCGGAUGGCUACAAUGGCAUCCGUCGAUUCCUUCAUCAAACGGCUGUCGGCCGAUUUGUAGUCGAUGCGUUCUGGAAGAUAUUGGGCAACGAUGUUGUCCAGCUGAACGGCUAUGACUCGCACCCAAAGACGGCGAAGCUAAAACCAUGGACGAGCGCCAUGUUCACUGGCGCAAGCUUUAGCAUUCUGAACUAUGACGAGGACUUCUUCAACCUUGUGAAAGGCGACUUGGUCAAUAUCCACAUCGGCGAGAUUGAUCACCUUUCUCCAGGCAUGGUACAUCUCGCCGACGGCACUUCGUUCAAGUCAGAUGCCAUCCUGGCACACACAGGAUGGAAGCAGGUUCCGCCACUCAAGUUCCUGCCGGAAGGUAUCGUCGCCGAGCUUGGCGUUCCGCACACACAGCAAGACACCUCCACGUCUGCGGUGGACGAUCUGGCAAACCAGCACGAGGUCCAAGCAAAGGCCGACGCGGAAAUUCUCGCGAAGUUUCCGCGGUUGCGUAAACAAGAGGUGUGGAACAAGGACUUCGUUCCCCUUUCGAAGCAGAAGGGCAUCGUGACUGGGCCCGACGAUGUGACCACGCCGUACAACGGACUCACGCCUUUCAUGCUGUACCACUUCCUCGUGCCGCCCUCUUCGCGAUUCCUUCGCCACCGCGAUAUCGCGUUUAUCGGCAUAAUCAGCAACUUCAGCAACACGCUCUGCGCUCACAUCCAAGGGCUAUGGAUUGCCGCUUAUUUCUCAGGUCUGCUUAAGAACGACCCAGCAGCCGCGAUUGGCGACGAGGCGGCUUUAGAGAAACUGCGGUAUGAAGCAGCCUUGCACAAUCGCUUCGGCAAGUGGCGCUAUCCGGUCGACUGGGGGAACAAAGCGCCAUGUUUUAUUUUCGAUGCUGUGCCAUACUUGGACUUGCUGCAGCUGGACCUCGGGCUCAGCCCGCACAGAAAGCGUGGGUUUAUGUCGGAAAUCUUCAGCCCGUACGGAGCAGAAGAUUACAGAAACAUCAAUGAUGAGUGGGAGGAGAAGAUAUUGCGUGGCUCGUCGAGCAAGCCAUAGCUCUCAGGCUACCCGCCGCAGGUGGUGUCGUCCCCGAACGAGUGCUUGUUAGAGAAAUAUGGGAUGUAGGUAUUUUUCUUAGAAAACAACAGGGCUUGCUGAUGGUCACCUGAGACAAAUACCUGCGGUUUUGUCUCUUUGUUGCUUCAAUGACUUCGAUACCUUUCGUGGGUACGUCACGGCGUGGUCUGGUGCAACCUGGAAGGAAACGAUCUCACCGUCUAAAGCAGUUGAGAUCUACCAUAGUCAUGUGUCAAUGUCAAUAUUUGAAAAUUCAUGGGGAUGCUGGUUUCUCACGUGCGGGCUCGUCUGGCCACGUUCCAGUUUCUCGCAAGUAAUGACCCUUUUCAUCCUGUCGCAUUGAAUUUAUUACUCGCGAGGCGUGGGGGGACCAUUGCGUGCGUGUAGCUCUGUGCCAAUAUCGGAAAGGAAUCCCCGGUAGGUCCGGAAUACACACCGGGAUAGAUUACAAACAUUCAGUAGGGGA